AUGCCGUCUUUAGGGUUGCAGAUCCUGGGCGUCGGGUUGGCGGUGCUCGGAUGGAUAGGAAACAUCCUCAUCUGUAUGCUGCCCCUGUGGAAGGUGUCUGCUUUCAUCGGGAACAACAUCGUGGUGGCUCAGACCAUCUGGGAGGGCCUGUGGAUGACCUGCGUGGUGCAGAGCACGGGCCAGAUGCAGUGCAAGGUCUACGACUCCCUGCUGGCCCUGCCCCCUGACCUCCAGGCAGCCCGGGCCAUGGUGGUCAUCGCCAUCCUCUUCUCGCUGUUUGGCAUCCUGCUCUCCGUGGUUGGCGGGAAGUGCACCACCUGCGUCGGGGACAAAUCAGCAAAAGCCAGGGUGGCCAUCGCCGCGGGGGUCUUCUUCAUCCUGAGCGGGGCUCUGUGUCUGGUGACCGUGUCUCUGCCUGCUAACACCGUCAUUAAGGACUUCUACAACCCCCUGGUCCCCGAUGCCCAGAGGAGAGAGCUGGGUGCUUGCCUCUACGUGGGCUGGGGAGCUUCGGGACUGUUGCUGGUCGGUGGCGCUCUGCUCUGCUGUCAGUGCCCGUCGGGUGGAGACCGCUACAGCGGAGCAAAGUACUCGCCGCCCAAAUCCACGACACCUGGGAAGGAAUUUGUCUGA